UCCAACUAGCCUACAUUUUACAACUAUGCUACAUUGUCACCCUUUCAUUUGAAUACGAUUGUGAUGGAAAUAGGCUAACGUUUCCUAUGUAACGCCUUUACGCAUUCUAAUCUGGUAAACAAAUGAAAGGGUUAAAGUGUCGCUUUCGUCCAUGUUCAUCUCGCCCCCACCUUAUUGGCUAAGGGCGGAGUCUAUGGAUACGCGCCGAGCCGAGCUCAAACUUCGGGAGCGACAACAGGAAUAGAAUGGAGGAAAAUCGUUGUCGGAAUUGACGAUUUUUCCCUUUGGGAAGCUUACCAAGAAAGAACGGAUUGCACAACUGUAAAGACUGCAUGCAUAACACAAACUCGGCAUGUACUUUUUAGAAUGGCAACUCUAACGGAGUUUCUUCGAACCGCAACAUGGUAGCUCUUUAGCCUUUUUUAAUCACUUGGAUUACUUUCAAAACCAGAGUUUUUGGGCGAUAAAGUUUGUUAUUUCCACGACGCACUUUUGCACAUGUUUGCUCUUCAUUGUGUUAUGCUAAAAUGAGUUUAUAAUAGGCUACUUUGCCGGAGCGGAUGGACACCAAGAUGGGUUCAGCGUUCUCCAGAGAGCGACAGGGCAGAGAGAAUGCCUGAUGUGAUUUAUCCUGUUGGAUGAGGAUCCUACCACGUUGUCGCUUUUGCUGGACAUAAAUCCGAAUUUCUUGGAAUAAUUUAAACGGGCAAAAAUGUGGAGUCUCAUGUUUCGCUCUACUGUUUCCUGGAUGGUGUUAGAAGUAUUUAUAUGCAGUGUUAAAGGUCUUAAUGUUUGCACAAGUGGCAGUGCCACAUCCUGCGAAGAAUGCCUCCUCAUUCACCCGAGCUGCGCCUGGUGCGCUCAAGAGGACUUUGGAAUGACACGAACUUUGACCUCACGCUGUGACCUGAGCCAGAACCUGCAGAAGCGUGGCUGUGAUGUGAGGUUCAUCGAAAGCCCGAGCAGCACAGCAAGCAUCGAGAUGAGCAGACAACUGAGCUCCAAGAGCUCUGGUCAGACUCAGUUUGAUGUUGUGCAGAUACAGCCUCAAAGGAUCUCUCUGAACCUCCGGCCCGGUGACCCGACUUCAUUCCAGGUCCAGGUGCGGCCGGUGGAGGACUACCCCGUGGAUCUGUACUACCUGAUGGACCUCUCGCUGUCCAUGAAGGACGACCUGGACACCAUCCUCAACCUGGGCACCAAGCUGGCAGAGGAGAUGCGCAAACUCACCAGCAACUUCCGGCUCGGUUUUGGGUCAUUCGUGGACAAGAACCUUUCUCCGUUCUCCUACACGGCGCCCAAGUAUCGGGAAAACCCUUGCCAAGGAUACAAACUGUUCCCGUCGUGUGUGCCCUCCUUUGGGUUCCGCCACAUCCUCUCGCUGACGGACAAGGUGGAUCGCUUCAACGAGGAGGUGCAGAAGCAGAUGGUGUCCCGCAACAGGGAUGCCCCAGAGGGCGGCUUCGACGCCAUCCUGCAGGCCGCCGUUUGCAAGAAGCAGAUCGGUUGGAGGAAGGAGGCCUAUCACCUGCUCGUGUUUGCCACAGACGACGUGCCCCAUCUUGCCCUCGAUGGCAAACUAGGGGGCUUGGUUCAGCCGCACGAUGGGAUGUGCCACCUGGACGACAACAAUGAAUACGACGCCUCCACAAAGAUGGAUUACCCAUCCCUGGCCCUCCUUGGUGAGAAACUGGCUGAAAACAACAUCUUCCUGAUCUUCGCCGUGACAAAAAAGCACGCCGUUUUGUACAAGAACUUGACUGCGCUGAUUCCCGGAACCACGGUGGAGAUUUUGGAGACCGACUCCAAGAACAUCAUCCAGCUGAUCGUCACCGCCUACAACAACAUCCGGUCCAAGGUGGAGCUGAGCGUGUGGGAGCACCCCGAGGACCUGAGCCUGGGCUUCUCCGCCACCUGCCAGGACGGACAGGCCCUCCCCGGCCUCCGCAAGUGUGGCGACCUGAAGAUCGGCGAGACGGUCUCCUUCAACGUGAGCGUGGAGGCGCGGAGCUGCCCUCCGCGCGGCACGCGGCACAGCUUCACCCUCAAGCCCGUGGGCUUCAAGGACCGCCUGGAGGUGUCGGUGGACUACCGCUGCGACUGCGGCUGCACGCACCUGACGCAGGCCAACAGCAGCAGCUGCAGCUCCAUCGGCACCUACGCCUGCGGCAUGUGCCGCUGCGAGCCGGGCUACCUGGGCGCGCGCUGCGAGUGCCAGGAGGGCGAGUCGGGCGCCGGCGGGCAGGUGGGCGCGUGCCGCGAGGCGGAGGGCAAGCAGGUGUGCAGCGGGCGCGGCGAGUGCAGCUGCAGCCAGUGCCUGUGCUACGAGUCGGAGUUCGGCAAGAUCUACGGGCGCUUCUGCGAGUGCGACGACUUCUCCUGCGCGCGCCACAAGGGCAUCCUCUGCUCAGGUCAUGGCGAAUGCCACUGCGGCGAGUGCAAGUGCCACGCCGGCUACGUGGGCGACAACUGCAACUGCUCCACGGAGACGGCGCCCUGCGUGUCGGACGACGGGCAGAUCUGCAGCGGCCGGGGCAGCUGCGUGUGCGGGCGCUGCCAGUGCACCGAGCCGGGGGCGUUCGGGGACACCUGCGAGAAGUGCCCCACCUGCCCCGACGCCUGCGGCACAAAGAGGGAGUGUAUUGAGUGCCGGAUCUUUGGCUCUGGGAGACUUGCUGACAACCAGACAUGCCAACGGCAGUGCAAAGAUGAGAUCAUCACCGUGGAAACACUAAAGACGGACGACCCGAAUGCCGUGCUGUGCCUGUUCAAAACCGAGAACGACUGCGUGAUGAAGUUCACCUACUCGGAGCACGCCAACGGCCAAUCCGUGCUCACGGCGCUGCAGGAGCCAGAGUGCGGCGCUGCCCCGGAUGCCAUGACCGUGCUGCUGGCCGUGGUGGGCAGCAUUCUGCUGGUGGGCAUCGUGCUGCUGGCCAUCUGGAAGAUGGUGAUCACCGUCCACGACCGCCGCGAGUUCGCCCGCUUCCAGAACGCCCGCUCCAGGGCUCGCUAUGAGAUGGCAUCCAACCCUCUGUACAAACAGCCCAUUUCUACGCAUGCAGUGGAGACGGUCUUCCAGAUGCAGAGCAAGCCCUUCAACGGAGACAUCCACUGAUGGGGGUGACAAGGGGCACGGCAGGACCGGUCCAAAAAGAGGGGAACUUUUUUUAGGGACUGGAGGAACACUUGAGCAGAACCAUCCUCAACCAUGAGUUUCUGACUGAUCGCUGAGACACCUGUUUUCUUUUU